UUCAGAGAGAAGGCGAGGGUCCGGCAGAUUUUGGAGCAUAACGAUCAUGACGGACCGCUGACCGACAUCUGGAGACAUGUACCCGAUGUGCAGUCACCAGAGUUUUGCUUCUACACGACGAUCAUCUUCACGCUUGAAGAGAAUCUGAUUCUCUCCACCACCCGCAGGAGAACACCCUCACGGCUCCCGACGACGAUCGAUGAUAACGGAGACAAAUAUCAAUACAAUAGCGUCCGCACUACAGCAGACAGUCAAUAUAUACUCGUCUUCGACCCAGACACGCAAGGCUUUCGUCCUCCACCAGGUCGAUUCAAUAUUCAACAUAAACAUCACCAAAACACCGACCAACACCAAUGCCGCGAAGCAGUUCCCUCCUUUGGAUGUCAAGGGUACUGUUCUCGACAAACCGGCCCCCAAGCAAAAGGCAUCAACAGCCGCAUCCAAGAACAAGGAAGCACCUCACUUACCCAGACGGCAGCCAGAGCGCCAAGUACCCGAUGGAAGAGUAGAGCCGGUUGCUCCUCGGGAGCAACGGUGGCUGGGCUUCUCCAGGUUCUUUCCAUGGCUAAGCAGAAAUGGAAAUGGAAGCGCUGGGUGGAAGAGGAAAAGACGGACGACGACUACUGGAUGAUCCUGUUCAGCGACUCGAGGAAGAGGCGGGAAGGGACGGAGAGCCGGUUGCUCCUCGGGAGGAUGGUACGAGGGGAAUUGGAGGCCCUGAUCCAGA